AUGUCUACACCCACCCCGCUAAUCCUCACUCACACUACCAUAACCUCCCUCCUCACGUCCCUCCCAGCACCCGCAAUUCGCAGCAUUAUCGCCUCCUUAACAGCGUCCUUACAAACCCUCACCCAACCCACCCCCAUAAUAACCCAACCUCCUCGCCAAACCCUCCAGGAUAAUAUCGCCAACUACACAACCCUCAUAAUGCCCUGCUCAACCCCGAACCUAACGUCCAUAAAAUCCGUAACCCUACCAACACCUCCGGCUCCUCCGUCCCCACCGAAUGGCGUGAUCACGCUGCAGGACGCUGCGGGAAGAUUACUUGCAGUUCUGAACGCGGAGGAGAUCACCGCGUUCAGGACAGCAUGUGUUAGUAUUGCGCUGUUACUCGGGAGGAUCAGAUAUGGGUUGGCCGUGAAGAAGGCAGUGGUAUUUAGCACGGGGAAACAGGCAGAGUGGAUUUCAAGACUUUUGCUCAAGUUGUGCCCUACUCUGGGGAGGUUGUCCAUUAUCGGGCGGGAAGGGAAUAGCCCAGAGAAGAUGGAGGCAUUUGUGGGUAAGUUCCGUGGCGGGGUAGAAUCUGGGACGAGAGUAGGCUGGAAAACGUACGGCGGGGGAAUUGAUCAGGAUGUUCAAGAUGAGCUCCACGAGGCGGAUGCAAUAUUCUGCUGCACGCCGUCGAGAGUGGAGUUGUUCCCUGUGGAAUUCCUGACGGAUGAGAAAGAGCGAUAUAUCUCCUUGAUCGGCUCGUAUAAGCCGCAUAUGAAAGAGCUUAGCCCUGGGUAUUUAAGGAGAGAGUCUGUGACGGUGGUUGUGGACUCUGUCGAAGCGUGUCUUGUUGAGGCGGGGGAAGUGAUACAGGCCGGACUCAAGGCGGAGGACUUGAUGGAUAUUGGGAGCGUGGUCAGCGACCUUGAGAACGGCCUUGGUGAAAAGUACCUGGGCGACGUGGUGUUUAAAUGUGUUGGGCUAGCGAUCAUGGACCUAAUUGCUGCCGAAGAGAUUGUCAAGAUUGCCAAGGAGCAGAAGGUCGGGAUUGAGAUACCGGGGUUCUCUGCUUGAAGGGUCUGUUCGAUAUUGUUCAGAGGGACAUUGUUUUGUAGUGCAUACCAAAUACACCCAGGGAUUAAGCUUGUU